AUGAUCAGUACUAAUAAGAUCGUGCCUGCCCACAUCAGUCAGUACCAUCGUAUUUGGACCGUCACCUUAUACAUCAGCUCCAAUGCCCACAGACACGUCCAGUUGGACUGUCACCCACCCAAUACAUCAGCUCCACCGUUCCACAGACACGUCCAGCUGAACCGUCACCUUAUACAUCAGCUCCACCGUCCAACAGACACGUCCAGUUGGACUGUCAACCACCCAAGACGUCAGCUCUUCCGUCCCACAGACACGUCCAGUUGGACCGUCACCUUUAACAUCAGCUCCACCGUCCCACAGACACGUCCAGUUGGACCGUCACCUUAUACGUCAGCUCCACCGUCCCACAGACACGUCCAGUUGGACUGUCACCUUGUACAUCAGCUCCACCGUCCCACAGACACGUUCAGUUGGACUGACACCUUAUACAUCAGCUCCACCGUCCCACAGUCACGUCCAGUUGGAUCGUCAACCAAUACAUCAGCUCCACCGUCCCACAGACACAUCCAGUCCGUCAACCAAUACAUAAGCUCCACCGUCCUACAGACACGUCCAGCUGGACCGUCACCUUAUAAAUCAGCUCCACCGUCCAACAGACACGUCCAGUUGGACUGUCAACCACCCAAGACGUCAGCUCUUCCGUCCCACAGACACGUCCAGUUGGACCGUCACCUUUAA